AUGAAAGAAAUCGUCUCAAAAAAGCUAAUUUCAGUUCGAUCAAAACUGAAUCAGCUAAGUGAACGUUUCGGUGAAUCAGUAUCGAUUCCAACCGAUUUAUUAGCGAUAUCCAAUGAAACAACCAUCGGACGCAAAGAAUCUGGCAAAAAAGCAAUUCAGAUGGGUCAAAAACUGAAGACGGCAUUUCGAGUGCCACCCGGUAAACUUGUACAGAGUUUUAAAGUUGGUGUUAGUGACGGCUCGCGCAGAUUCAAGUAUGUUCGUAAUUUUACGGGUCAUCGUGACGGUGUUUGGCACGUUGCAACGUCGAGAGGCAGUCAGCCUGUUCUCGCGAGUGCUUCAGCCGACCAAACAUGUUUAUUGUGGUCAUUGGAUUCUGGUUGCUGUUUGGCACAGUACAGUGGUCAUUCUGGAUCAGUGAAUGCCGUAGCGUUCAGUCCGUUAUCGGUCGAUCCGUCGGAUCUUACAGUCGCAACGGCGAGUGGUGAUCAUACGGCUCAUCUGUGGAAGGCGUCUGUCAGCGGUAACAGUGGCGUGCAUCAUCAUCAUCAAAUUGGAAGUAGUGAGGAAGAAGAAUUACCAGCUGAACGAGAUCUGAAUAAUUUAAACGAAGAAAAUAUGGCCGAGAAUGAUAUAAGCGAAGUGUCAUGCAUUCGUCAACCGUUGCGUCGUUUGACUGGUCAUACGGGUGUGGUUAUUGCGGUUGACUGGAUCGCUGGAGGUGAGCAAAUUAUUACGGCGAGUUGGGAUCGAACGGCGAAUAUUUACGAUGCUGAACGUGGCGAAAUACUCAACCUUCUCUCUGGUCACGAUGAUGAGUUGAAUUAUUGUAGUGCGCAUACUUCUCAAAAACUUGUUGUAACCGCGAGUCGUGAUUCAACAUUUCGUCUUUGGGAUUUUCGUGAACCAAUUCAUUCGGUUGCCGUCUUCCAAGGACAUAACGACUCAGUUACAUCAGUUGUGUUCUCGGCAACCGAUAAACUCGUCUCGGGCAGUGAUGAUCGUUCGAUUAAGGUUUGGGAUUUGCGUAAUAUGCGAAGCGCGAUAGCGACGGUGCGUUUGGAUAGUGCAAUAAACAGACUGGCGAUAUCACCGAAAAAUUUUGUUGCCAUACCGCAUGAUAAUCGCAAUGUGCGAGUUUACGAUCUAAAUAGCGUUCGGAUCACGAGACUACCACGAGCAAACGGAAGGAGUCAUCGACGUAUGGUUUGUUGUGCUGCAUGGGCAGAUGAUCACGCUGCAAAUGAUUUGAUAACGUGUGGAUUUGACAAACAAAUUAUUGCUUGGAAAACAUCGACGGGAAAAGAAUAA